AUGGGUUCAGACGAUAAACAACUAUUACCUUCAGAUUUUAAACCAAUUCACUAUUCUAUUGCCAUAAGCAAUCUAAAGCAAGAUAAAUUUGAUGGUGUUGUUGAUAUUACCUUAAAAAGUUUACACCCUUCCAAUACUGUUACUUUACACGCAAGUGGAAUUGACGUUCAUCACGCAGUUGCCAAGCUAGAAGACGGUGGUGACGUUGCGUUGGCUAGUAAGAGCUAUGAUUCAAAGAAGCAAGUUCUUUCUUUGCAAUUUGAAACCCAGUUGUCGCACUGUGUUUUGCACAUCGAAUAUACUGCAACAGUGCAAACGAACAUGUCAGGAUUUUAUUCGUCAUUCUACGACGAUGUGAAGACAGGGGAAAGGAAGAUCAUGUACUCUACUCAGUUUGAGGCUACCGCUGCGAGAUCUGCGUUUCCAUGUUUUGACGAACCUUCCUUGAAAGCGACGUUUGAUGUCACAGUGAGUGCGCCCAAGCAGUUCACUGUGCUUUCUAACAUGCCAGAAAAGGAAGUGAAAUCACUUGAUAAUGGAGCUGUCUCUCAUACAUUCCAUAGGACUCCGCGGAUGUCUACCUACUUAGUGGCGUGGGCAGUUGGUGAGUUUGACUUUAUUGAUACAGAGACAGAAAAAGCCAUUUAUCCCACUUUGGAGGGGUACAACACGGAUGAUGGCUCCUCUUCAAAAUAUGGUAAGCUUCCUAUAAGACUGUACACUGUUAAAGGCAAAUCCCAGUUGGGAAAGUUUGCUAUUGGAGUUGCCGCAAAGGUCGUUGACCACUUCUCAGAGCUCUUUGAAAUUGCAUAUCCGCUGCCAAAAUUGGACCUCGUCUGUGUUGAAGAAUAUUCGCACAAUGCGAUGGAGAAUUUUUCUUUGAUUACUUUUAGGCCUUCAGCGUUGCUGGUCGAUGGCGAUGCCUCUUCUGGUGAUCCCGGCUCUUUGCAAAAAGUCGCCUACGUGGUUUCCCAUGAAAUUGCACACCAAUGGUUUGGAAAUCUGGUUACUAUGAAAUGGUGGGAUGACUUAUGGUUGAACGAAGGUUUUGCAACGUGGGUCGGUUAUCUUGCGGUUACGCAUUUCUUUCCAGAGUGGGAUGUUUCUUCAAUGGUGAUGAUAAACUCGCAUGAGGUUGCCCUGGAAAUGGAUGCCUUAAGGGAAUCACACCCUGUCAAAGUCGCUGUCAGAGAUGCGAAUGAUAUUGAUCAGGUUUUUGACACCAUUUCCUACUUGAAAGGCUGUUCCGUGUUGGAGCAGUUCAGCGGCUUUUUGGGCAAUGAGCUUUUCUUAAAAGGUGUUGCGUUGUAUAUGAAAAAGUUUAAGUUUUCUAACGCAUCAUUCGAUGACUUGUUUCUGGCCCUCGGUGAAGUUGCUAACUCGGACCUUUUGACCCGUGCAAAAGCAUGGAUACUCAAUAUUGGAUAUCCGGUUGUUAGUGUCACCGCUCAUGACGGGAAAAUAGUUGUGGACCAACAAAGAUAUCUAUCAUACAAAAAACCCUCAGAUGCUAAGGAUUCAUCCUCUUGGUGGAUUCCAUUGAAAUACAUUGAUAAAAAUUCUACCCAUAUGUUGGAAUUUGAUUCAAAAACUCUAACCACUAAUUUGUCAAGUGAUGGUUUCGUUCUCUUCAAUGUGGACUGUUAUGGAUUUUAUCGGAUCCACUAUGCAGAAUCCAACAUCUUGGAGAACAUUUGCCAGAACUUGGAAAAACUAUCAUCUAGAAGUAAAAUAGGUCUGAUUUCUGAUGUCUAUGCAACAGGAACAUUUGAACAGUUGGCAACGGUUUCCCUUCAGCUGGUUGAAAAGCUUGGUGCAGAUGAGUUCUACGUCUGGUCACUAGUAAUAUCUGAAAUGCUAACCGUUAGAUCCCUAAUAUUCUCCUCUGUUAGCGAUCAAGUGAACUCCAUGCUAUCCGCUUUAAUCACAAAGCUAAUCGAAAAGCAACUUAACCCUGCCAUGACUGCCUUGGCGAAUGAAUUGGCUUUAUCUCAAGGUGACCCAAAAUCUUUCCUCAAAGCUCAAACGUACGAAGCAAUUUUAACUACAGCAGGAACCCUGGGACAUCCAGCAGUUGUGAACCGUGCUAGAGAGUUUUACAAAAGUGGAAAGAUAUCCCCAAGAACAAGAGAAUUGAUUCUGUCCACAAUUCUGUCUCGGCCAGAUACCCCAGUAAGCGUCUAUGAGGACAUACUAAAAGAGUUGAAGACUGCAACUUUAACCCAUCGUGAAGUCAUUUUAAAAUCUUUGGGUAAGGUCACUAACCCAGAACUUAUCGAUAGAACUUUAAAACUAAUUUUCCUUGAAACUGACCCUAUGAAUGUCCAAUAUGGUGCCGAGACACUAGGUAAAAACCCUUAUGUCCGUCAAAAGUUAUGGGAUUUUUUCCGAGCAAACUAUGAUGCAAUCUACAAAAGACUAUCCAUCAAUGCAGUUGUCAUUGAUAGGUCGAUUAGAUUUUCAUUUUCUGAGUUAGUUGGUGAUGAUGUUGCUACUGAAUUCGAUGAUUUUUUUAAAACUAAAGAACAACCAGGAUUUGACAGAGGUGUAAGACAAACCUUAGAGAGGAUCCAUAGAAACACUGAGUACGUUAAGUCGAACCUGCUAUCAAUUGGGGAAGUAUUGACGAAGCAAUAG